CCCCCGCUCAACAUCCCUCAGAGCACCAUCGAGGCCAACGCCAUGACUGAUGCCAUGAACAACAAUGGCAAUGGUCUGAACUCGCCUGGCAGCGCCGGCGGUCCCCGCCGUGCCGCUCCUGAGCCAAACAAGAGAGCUCUCUACGUUGGUGGUCUUGACCCCAGAGUCACAGAGGAAGUGCUCAAGCAAAUCUUCGAGACCACCGGACACGUUCAGAGUGUUAAGAUCAUCCCUGAUAAGAACUUCCAGUCAAAAGGAUUCAACUACGGCUUCGUUGAGUACGACGAUCCCCUCGCCGCCGAAAGAGCAAUGCAGACUCUCAAUGGAAGACGUGUCCACCAGUCGGAAAUCCGCGUGAACUGGGCCUAUCAGUCCAACACCACUAGCAAGGAAGACACUUCUGGCCAUUUCCACAUCUUUGUCGGCGAUCUCUCCAAUGAAGUGAACGACGAGGUCCUCCUCCAGGCCUUCUCCGCCUUUGGCAGCGUUUCCGAGGCCCGUGUCAUGUGGGACAUGAAGACCGGCCGCUCUCGUGGCUAUGGCUUCGUUGCUUUCCGUGAUCGCGCCGAGGCCGAGAAGGCUCUCAGCUCCAUGGACGGCGAGUGGCUGGGCUCUCGUGCUAUCCGUUGCAACUGGGCCAACCAGAAGGGUCAGCCUUCGUUUGCCCAGCAGCAGGUCAUGGCCCAGAUGGGUAUUACCCCUCCCGGUCCCUUCGGCCAGCACCACCAGUUCCCUACUCAGGGCGUCCAGUCCUACGACACCAUCCUUGCCCAGACUCCCCAAUGGCAGACCACCUGCUACGUCGGCAACCUUACUCCCUACACCACCCAGAACGACCUUGUUCCUCUGUUCCAGAACUUUGGCUAUGUCACCGAGACUCGCUUCCAGUCUGACCGUGGCUUCGCUUUCGUCAAGAUGGACUCUCACGAGAAUGCUGCCAUGGCCAUCUGCCAGCUCAACGGCUACAAUGUCAACGGCCGUCCUCUCAAGUGCAGCUGGGGCAAGGACCGUCCUCCUACCACCAACUUCGAAGGUUUCUCGCCUGCCGCCGCUGCCGCUGCUGCUGUUGGCGGUAACGCUGGUUACCCUCCCACUCCCCAGGGCUUUGGCUUCCCUCAGUACGGUGCAGCCGCUCCCAUGUCUCCUCAA